AUAAGAAUUGACACUUGAUGUAGGUACGAGUACCACAAACAUGACAGAAGAACUUUCUGGUGUAACAAUAGUGAUAUUUAUUGCGGUUGGCGUAUUAACGAUAUUACUGUUGUUCAUAUUCGCAAAACGACAAAUCAUGAGAUUUGCCUUACGAUCACGGCGUGGUCCUCAUAUCCCCAUCGGACACGAUGCACGAAAAUCUCUGAAAAAGGAGAUUGAAAGACGAAUAGAAGUAAUACCAAGAAUUCAAUAUGAGCCACAACUUAUUAGUGAUCCAAGACUUAUUUUAACAUCUCGAGGACCAGGAGUUCCACCACAUUAUUAUAGAUUAAAAGCAGUAGACGAUAUUAAAACUUUAGAAACUGAAAUUACUAAAUAUGACAAUUGUUUAAAAAGACAUCCCUCUGAAAAUUUACGAGUCUAUUUACUUGCUAUAUUAGCAACUCCAUUAAAUGGAAGUGGACAACGAUUAAUUCAUCAAUUCUGCGAUCUAUAUGAACAUGCACGACAUGAUCCAACUGAGUUUGGAGAUGAGGAAUACCAAGUAUACACUCGUUUAUUUCUUAAGUUAAUGGAUGCAGCUCGCUUGUUAAAAUCAUAUCCAAGCAGCAGAAAAUCUAGUCCAAGUCGUACACCUAUAAAGAAAAACAUUGAAACGAAACGGAAUAUAUUAGAGCCUAAGAUGAAACCACCUGAAGAUCAAACAUUAACUGGAUCACGACCAAACACCUUAACAGUGAUGAUGCUGGAUAAUAGUGAAACAUCUGUUUAGCAUUAUGAAAGUCGCCACAUACAACAUAUGUGACGAAAUAUUUGUUCAUAAUUAUUAAUCUUUAUAUUGCAUGGAAUUACAAUUAUUACAAACGAAGUUUUUGCAAUAAAAGUUGUUUCUGUCUAAUAUGUAUCAGCUUGCAAUCAAAUGUCGAU